GAAAAAAAUACGCAAAGCAGAAGAUAACUUUAUACACACGUCAGAUGGUGCGGACAUAUCUCGGGUUUUGAUUUCGAAUUCGAAGGCAAAAGUGUACGCUCACAGAUCACUAGAGUUCAUUAAAGCUGAAAAACGAGGUGAAUCCUGUAACAAUGUCGGAUGCAGAAGUCAACUCCGUGUGUAGUCGCAGCCGUAUCAUCGUAGGGGUCCUAACUGCUGUAGGUGUGGUUGCGAUAGUCGUAGUGUUGGUCGUUUACUUUGCAACCAGCAACAACACACACGAUAGCUCUGGAAAGACAUCGGCAUGGAAAGAAGGCGAUGCCGUAAUCCCUACAGAGGAGCCAUUUGGCGAAAUUAAAGAUGGAAGAAAAGUGAAAAGAUUCACUUUUACCAACAAUAACAAUAUCACGGUACGCAUCAUCAGCUAUGGAGCAACAAUUACCGAUAUCCUGAUGCCGGAUAAAAACGGAGCAAUUCUUGACAUCAGUUUGGGAUUUAACACUGCUGCUGAAUAUGAAGAUAGACACACCUACAUUGGGGCUUCUCUCGGUCGGAUAACAGAACGCCUGAAAGGCGCUAGUUUCACCAUAGACGGAGUGGAGUACAAUGUCUCGGCCAACGAAGGACAAAACCAAGUCCAUGGGGGCUUCUAUGGCUUCGAUUCUAAAUUAUUUGACGCAAAGAUAAAGGGGAACAAAGUGGAAAUGACGUACGUGAGCCCGGAUGGGGAAGAAGGGUUUCCGGGAGAGCUGACCUCCGUCUUUUCAUUUCAACUGACAAAUGAAAACGAACUAAUUCUAGAUUACAGAGCGACAACAACAAAAGCGACCCCUAUCAACCUUUCUAACCACGUCUACUUCAAUCUGGAGGGUCAUAAAGCUGGCAAAAAUGGUGACCAUCUGUUAUCAGUUUUUUCUGAUACAUAUGUUCCAAUUGAUGAAGCUUUUCUUCCAAAGGGGGAUGGCGAAUUGGCAACAGUCAACGGAACUAUUUUUGAUUUGCAAAAUCCAACACUUGUGAGGAAAGUUAUCAAUGACAUCAUAGUUUCUUGCUAUUCUUUUGGAGAUCGAGGAACUAGGAAACAUGUUGCAAGACUUGAAAAUCCUACAAAUGGUCGUUACAUUGAUGUUUUCACAACAGAACCCGGAUUAGAUGUGUAUUUCUCAUCCCAUAUGAAGCCCAAAUUGUAUGGGAAAGAUGGAGCGAUGUACGGUCCUUUUGAGGACGGCGGGGUCUGUCUAAUUCCAAUGCAGCUUCCAAGCGGGGUUAAUAUGCCUAAUUUUCCGGAUACCAUUCUACGACCUGAAGAGAUUUAUACUCAGAGAACAAUUUAUAAAUUUGGGGUGAAAUGAUUGUUUUUUAGAAGAAUGAACCAUACUCAUCGUUAAAUAUCAUUUCUCUACUUAUCAAACGAAUAUAUAUUGUGAAAUUUAAGUCAACAGUAUUAUUUGUAGUGUACACUGAUUGUUCUAUAACCAACUAUAGAUACAAGUAUCAAAUGAUUUGAAAAUCCCCUUUCAUAUGUAGAAUCUUUUCCAACUUUACAAACGUUUCUACAACGCUUUUUUGGUGAGCUAAAAUGAAAUACAAUGGUGGGAAUAUGUUAGACUUUCUCAAGUCUUUAUGUUGUUUUUUUUUAGUGUUUCUAUAUAUAUGUUGAAAAUUUUAUUGUGAUUCAGAAAUUUCAAUUUCUGCUCUUUUCCAUUUAUUUAUUCAUAUAUAAAAUUAUGUUAUCAAAACAUCUAUGUUUGGAAUUAUUCAAAUAUAUUACAGAUCAUUAUUUUUUUUAACGUAGAGACUCGAGGAAGACUAGGUACAUGUAGAUGUGUCAGAAAUGCUUAUUUCAUCACACUUAAAAUUACUAGUAAUUGUGCAUUAAAAUGCAACCUCAUAUGUUCAAAUCUUAAACAUUACAUGGGUUAAUUAUCUUUGGUCAUUUGUUUAAUUCUGUUUAGUCUUGGUCAUAUUUUGUCAGAAAAUUAAUAAAUAACCAAACUUGGCACAAAGCAUCUUGAGGGACAUAAUUUCUAAAUAUUUUUUCAAUUAAUAAUAAACAACUUGGGCUGGGUUUCACAAAACUAUUGUAAGAUUUGUUAUGAGACAUAUCUUAAGAUUUUAAUAGAUCUGACUUAUGACAAUCAUAAGAUAUAUCAGUUCCGUUUUACAAAACUAUCUCAAGUGUUAGAAAUCUUAGAGAUCAUAGAAUUUUAAGAUAGUUCUUACGACAAACUUCAUUCUUGAAUAAACUAAAAAAAUGUUGUUUUUUAUACCAAAAAUAUUGUAUUUACGUGGAGGCUGUUUUCAUUUUGCAUAUAUUUUAAACAUUA